UCAAUCAUUUGGCCACACCCCUAUGUGGGCGGAGUCCGCGCGGCCUGAGCACUUCGCGCACAAUCACAGCCACACGACGCGCCGCUGCAGGAUGGAUCGAGGAUAUUCUUCAGGAUUCUCCGGCUGGGGAGGAUCAGGAGGAGGAGGAUCGUCCAGAGGCUCGGGGGGGUAUGACCUGUACGGAUAUAAGGACUCUGUGUUCGGAGGAGGCGAUCGGGUGAAGAGGGGGCUCUCUGGGGGGUCCCUGCUGUCCUCCGGCGGCUCCAACGCAGACGACGUCAUCGCUAAGAUCAACCAGCGGCUGGACAUGCUGACGCAGCUGGAGGGAGGCAUGAGGAGCGGCCCCCGCGCAGACAGGUUUGCCCAAUACGAGUCUUUCGACUCGCGCUCCACCUCCCUCGCCCCCCGAGAUCUCUACAGAUCCGGUAGCUAUGGUUUCAGCGACUCCCGGGGCGACAUGAUGUCCCAGCGCGGAGGCGUGGGCUUUGGGGUCAUGGGCGGAGCCGGAGGGGGCGGGGGCAGCUUUGACGGCUCCGCCUUCGGAUCUGCCAAAAUGCGGCCGACUCGAGACUCCUCCUUCUCGGGCUCCGGCUGGGGGGCGGGGCAGAGAUCCCCGCGCAGGAACCGAUCGGCCGGGGGGCGUGGCUUCAGCCGCAGGCAGGACUCCUCCUCCGCUGGCAUGGGUGGAGGAAGUGGGCGGGGCGGAGGCCACCAAGGCCACUCCCCCGCGGGGCGAGGAAAGCUGCCCUCGCUCCUGGCCAAUCGCAUGUACCCCGACAGCGGGGCCUUCCAGUCUCAGCGCGGGCCCCAGGACUUCCCUGCGCGGAACUUCGGAGGGGGCCCGAGGGCCAACCGGCAGCACGGCCGCAAGAGACCCCAGAACCGACAAGUGAAAGCUCAGCGUGACGGGCAGAAGAAGAGGAAACAGACUCUGAGCGCAGCCGACGAGCCCGAGUCCAAGAUGGGCAGAACCGAACCCACGGGAGACACGACGGCCACCGAUGCUGCAGCAGGAGAACACACGCAGGAGUCCGAGGAGCCCACCGCCGCCGCUGCUGACUCCAAGACAGAAGACGGAGGAGAGAGUGCAGCGCCAUCCAAUCAGGACGAGAGGGCCCAGGGAAAGAAGACUCCGCCCUCCGCGGCCAAAGUCAGGAAGAGGAGAGGCUUCUUUGAAAGGAUGACGUUCGCCUGCUCCGUCUGCAAGUUCCGCUCGUUCUACAGCGAGGACAUGGCCGCUCAUCUGGAGAGCAGGUUCCACAAGGACCACUUCAAGUUUCUGUCCAAUCAGCUGUCGAAGCCCACCACCGACUUCCUGCAGGAGUAUCUGAAUAAUAAGUACAAGAAGACGGAGCAGCGAGUGAGUCAGACGGACAACCACAGCUCCGUCAUCUGCCAGGUGUUCAAAGAGCAGGAUCUGACGCGAGAUCUCGGCAUGGAGCACUUCAUGAAGAAGGUGGAGGCGGCUCACUGCUCGGCGUGUGACGUCUUCAUCCCCAUGCAGUACACGCUGAUCCAGAAGCACCUCAGGUCUCCUGACCACAACUACAACCGCAAGGGCAUGAUGGAGCAGUCCAAGAGGUCCAGUCUGUCCGUGGCGCGCAGCAUCCUCAACCACAAGGUCAUCGGCAAGAAGCUGGAGAGCUUCCUGAAGGGUGAAAACCCGUUCACCGGUAACCAGGACGACCAGGAUCCCGAGGACGCCAUGGUGAUGGAGGUUUCUGAGGCCGAUCUCACCAAUGAGAGUCUGAGUGAGAGCAAACAGGAAGGGGAGGGGCCUCUGACGGAGGGGGCGGAGCCUGUCGCAGAAGCGGUGGGAAAUGGGGAGGAGCAUGAAGAGGUGAAGAUGGAGACGGGCGGAGCGACUGAGGAGGGUGUGGAGGGUGUGGAGGGUGAGGAGGAGGCGGCUGAGCACGGCGAUGAUGCAGGAGCCGCGGGAGACGGUGACGCCGCACCGGCCGAGUAAUCGUUAACAAAACCGCUGAUUAGUGUCCAUUUGAAGAAUCACUUCUGCAUCCUAAACCUCUGAACUCUAUAUGAAAGCUGACCCUGGAUCAGACACGCAGCCUGAGGACCAAUCAGAAUAAAGCCCGCCUUGUGUUCGUCCAAUCACACGAUUGCUCCGCCCCCUACGCCUGUGGGUGUGGUCUGAUUAGAUACACGCGUGUGUCAUGUGACUGUUGAUGUGAGGUCUUUACACGCUGAAGUAAAACGGUUAAUUUCCUUCUGAUUUUUGGUUUGGUCUCGUGGAUGUUUCCUGUAGAGCAGAAGAGACAUGUUAAUAUAACAGAUUCCACUCACUGUUUUUCUCUCCUAAUAAAUGUUUGUCAAGUCACACGUGUGUGUGUGUGUGUGUGUGAGAGAGUGUUUUUCUGAGUCAUGUUCUGCUGUAUUUUAUCAGGGAAGUAAUAAAAUAAUCUGUUGUUAUAUCCUA